UGUGUUGUGCUGAAACAUGUCAAGUAACUACCAACCAACCUUGCUAGAGGUGUAAAUGUCCUUGUAAGAAAGCAUGUCAGCGGCACUUAGUGUGCCGGCGUAGUUUUUCCCCAUAAAACAGCAUCUGCGGUUUCAUUCGGUAUGUGAGCUGGCAGAGCGGUAGCCAUUUAUGGAAACUUUUCCCCGAAUUUCGUUUUGCUGCUUUUGCGUUCAUGCAAAUAAUGUGAGUAUCGGAAAAUGACUUAUUUUAUUUUGAUUACGCAUUCGAGUCUGUUAAAUGCGUAGUUUCUGGCUUUCAUUGGUUUGCUAGUUUUGCACCGCCGGCAUUUCUCUUGUAAUUGAGAAUCACUUGAUGUAUUUUUGAUGGGGUUUAUGUUUCAUUGUCUUUCAUCGCGAUGCUAACACAUGACAGAUUAUCGCGAUGUUCCAUUACAUUUGUAUUCUUUAAAUGCUGUAUUUAAUGACAAUGGCCGUCAUCAGUGUAUAUAAAUUGAUACUGUGUGAACUAUAGCAGCAAUGCUAAUAUUCCGUUUUUCCCUCAUGUCAAGUUGCAUAUUAAUUAAUUUUCCUUCUGUUUUCUUCUUUAUUUUACAGACCACAAACACACACACACACAUGCCUACCCAACCUACCACCAUUGGCGUAAUUCUAUUAAAAUCUAAAAUUGAAUUUCUCUUGUUCCCAUGUCUUCAUGGCAAUUGCAUUGCACAUGUUUUGAUGGGAAUAAAAUAUAUCACUCCUCUGGAGCCAGAUUCAUGUUCAUAUUAACCGCCUCAACCAGUAAAUUCAAUGUGGAGGUGUAUCCCCCUCUGCUACAGUCAUCUCUGACAGAUGAGCCCUCCUGCUGUAUAGGGAGGCCAUUGAUGAGGUCACUGUCAUGGAUGAUUGUCCUGCCAGAGGUGAACAAUCAAGUUUAGUUUCCAUCUGUUCUAGUUUGGCAAGGGUAGCUGGUGUUGUUUGGUAUUGGACAGGUAUGGUUCUCAGGUUCUUAUUUUCAUCCAAGAGCUUGAUUAUUUUUUCACAAGCCUUGCUCUCUCCAAUUAUAGGAACGUUCACCUUGCCAUAAAAUUGAGUAACUUUUGAAAGCACUAUUUUCGCACAAUCCCAUUUUGUUUCAUUUGUAGCAUUACCCUUUUUUGGUGGAUAGGGACUGCAGUCUUGAUGUCAAGAUCUCAAACAGUGGAUUCAGGGGAUGUGAGGGAAGGACCAUUGUCCUUCUUUUACUGUCAUGAGGUUGUUUCAUGGGUCUUCGUUGUUUCCCUAUACUCUUACUACUCACUAACGUCACACUCUCCAGCUUCAUUUGUCUGAGGUAAUUUAGAGAGCCUAACCAAGCUGUUGGGCUGAAGGUCAGUGCUGAAUCAGUGAAGCAGGUGUAAAAUGUUUCCAGUACUGACUUUGACUUUUUAGUGACAUACGUAAGGGCCAGUUGCAGUCAAUUUUGUAGUUGUUAUAUGUAGAAAAACACCUGCAAUUAAAUGAUCUUAUUCCUCACUGACAUCUAGAUCGCUCAGGUAAACAUUUGCAAGGAGAUAUUUGCAUGUGUUUGACCACAUUUACAAAGAAAAUUUUUUCCCUUUCCCUUUCAACCCCUUUAACUAUAUUGUAGAUCAUUGAAGGUAUGAUUCCCUCCUUUGUUUGCAGAUUACUAUUUUUGAUACUGGUCUGAGGUCACUGCAGUAAGUCUUUGUAUUUCACACACACAUUAGUGCUGAAUACGACACCCCAAAUUCUACUUCAAUUUAUUACACCUAUAUUUCUUGAUUUACUCAAUUAAAUUUGUUUUGGGUUAAUUUGAAUGAAACUAAAAGUUUUCACCUCACUAAGCUUAAAAAAAAUAUAGUACUAAAGUACAAUUUUAGAUUUAGGUUUAUUUCAAUGUAUACCAUUAUUUUAACACUGACUGCCAGGCACAAUCUGGUGGAAGUUUUACAUAUGAUGAGUGUAUGAAGCUUGUUUUGUGAGAUGCUCAGUUUCGUAGAACUGUGACAGGUCGUGCAGGCUGGCAUAGACUAUCAGGCAUGUUAUCAAAACUUCCUGCCCCCAUGUUUGCAUAAGAUGUUUGGUUUACAAAAUAAGCUUUUUUAAGCAUGUUCCCUCAGAAUUCAGUCAGAACUUCAUCUAUCAGUCUACCCCUCUCAGCAAAGAACUAGCGAAGAUGAACAAUGGUCAUUUGCCACUGUUACUGGGAUUUCUGUUGUCCUUAACAGCCUGUUGCACUUGUGAUGAAGAGAAUGUCGCCAUUGGUAAAAUAGCCGAUCAGUCAUCCAUGUACGGUAACUAUGGUCCAUACAGAGCGAUUGAUGGGUACCUCUAUCGAGACUUUUCACGUGGCAGCUGCUGUAUGACAGAUGAGGAAAUGAGACCCUGGUGGAGAGUUGACCUGUUUAAUGUUCACAAUAUCUCCUCUGUGGUUGUGGCGAACAGAUGGGACUGCUGUUCUGAAAGACUCAGCGGAGCAGAGAUUCGCAUUGGAAACUCCCUGGUAGACAAUGGCAACAGUAAUCCAUUAUGUGCUCAGAUUCCCAGCAAUCCUCCUGGGAAUAUUUUAACAUAUAGCUGUCCUGGGAUGCUGGGGCGAUAUGUUAGCAUUUCACUCAACCGAAAAGGAAUUCUAACUCUGUGUGAAGUAGAGGUCUACGGCCAAGUUGAUCAGCAAGAUGUUUGUGGAAAUCCGAUUUUGAUGCCGGGACUCUUUCGCAACAUUGACUACUCUUACACCGGAUUCCCAAGUUUUCCGCGUUGCGAUUCUGCUUGGGCCGGAAGGUGGGUGCGUUUCCAGGGGAUCGUUGGGGAUGUUAUACCCGAAUCCUGUGUUGGAGCGUGCUGCUCUGGUUCACUUUCCUCCGCUUACCUGGGGUUCACUCACCCACAACUGGGGGAGGGCAUCAAAAAGGGCACCACACUUAUCAGGUCAUCAGUGAACUGCCUUGCCUCCACUGUCGAGGGGAUGCGAGUUCUGGCUUGUCCCGGAGGGUACUACGUUUACCGUCUGCCGCCUGUACUGUGUCCAGUUACCUUCGCUGUUCGUCACCGCAACUGUACCUCAACCUCCUGUGGACCAAACGCGGAGUGUACCAGUUAUGGAGGCUGUGUCUGCAUUCUAGGAUAUGAGUAUCCUGUGAAUGUCAUGCCAACUCCAGAGUCUUUCUGUUAUGAUGUGGAUGAGUGUGCCCCAAACCCAUGUGGCGCCAGGACAGAUUGCUACAACACUGUAGGAAGCUUCUACUGCCUCUGCAUGGAAGGGUACAUUUCCUCCACUGGAGUUAACUGGGUGUCUGGGACUACUGUGUGCCAAAGUACAGAGGAAUAUCUUGCCUCUCUAACUCUUCCAGAGGGACAGUCACCUGAGAUGUACUUCCUAGACCAAAUGACCAAGGAUUUGGAGGACAACCCUGAUCUUGUUCUGACUGAGAAGAAAGUGACUGAUAUUGUGACCAUGAUCCUGGCCAUCAUAGCCAACAUGAAGCCAAAAGAUGGCGACUCAGAGAUAGCCAACGUCGUCCUGAACAUCUUAGAGGGGCUUGUGUCUGCCCUUGUUGAUCCCACAUCUCUGGAAGAUAAACAAGUGAUUCAGAAAAAUGUGACAGCACCAGCUAUAGACAUUAAUUUAGUGAGCCUUAAAGGGGAUGCUGAGACGCCUGCUAUGCUUGCCAUGGGAAACAUGAUGACUAUCAAUCUUGCAGCUGUUGCUAAAAAUAACAACGGAUCCGCUUCUGCUGUUCUGAUGUCAAUUGAUGGGAUGGAGAAGUUCAUGAGUUCCAGUUUCUUCGAAAGUGAAAAUAUCACAGAGAUGUAUUCUGACAUCAUCACUGCCACACUGCCUAAGACGAGGCACAAGGAGCUCCCUGAGCCUGUCAAGUUCACUAUGCACCACAAGAAGGAGACGUUCCAGGCUGGCCUGGUUACCUGUGUGUACUGGAAGAUAAAUGGAACUGAGACGCACUGGUCAGAGGACGGGUGCACGGUCUCCUACUCCAAUGAGAACCACACUGUAUGCAGCUGUACCCACCUCUCCACCUUCGCCCUCCUCCUGCAGACGGGGGGACAGAAUAAUGAAGAGGAUGAUCCUCUGCUGGAGAUGGUAGACCUGUUAUGUAUGUGUGUGGGUCUGACCUUCCUCGCCCUCGCCAUCCUCACAUUCCUGCUGUGCACAUGGAACCCUAAGGUCAACAACACCGCCCGCCUCCACCUCAGCAUCUGCCUCUUCUUGGGUCACCUGCUCUUCCUGGUGGGCGUGUCUCGCACUGAGAAUGCGGUGGUGUGUGCAGUCAUUGCAGGCUUGCUGCACUUCAUCUUCCUGGCGGGCUUUGUGUGGAUGUUGCUGGAGACUGUGCAGCUGUUCCUGUUGGUCAGAAGCCUGACCAAAGUAAAGGUCAUCCAGAAGGAGGGGCUGAGGCCACUGUACCUCCUGCUGAUUGGCUACGGAGCUCCCAUGGUGGUGGUGGGAGUGUCUGCAGCAGUGUUUUCAGGAGGUUAUGGCAGCAAAGACACUUGCUGGUUAAAACAAGAAAAAAAUUUCAAUUGGAGUUUUAUUGGCCCAGUCGUUGCCAUUCUCACACUCAACUUGGUCUCAUUUGGUGUGAUCAUCUGGAGCCUGCAGCCUACACUAGCCAACAUGAAGAGUAAUGUUUCCCAGUCAAAAGACACCAGACUGAUUAUCUUCAAAAUUGUUGCCCAGUUUUUUGUUUUGGGGUGCGCCUGGAUCCUGGGAUUUUUCCAGAGCAUCCCUUUCUUGAAAUACCUCUUCAUCAUCCUGAACUCACAGCAGGGCACCUUCAUCUUCAUCGUUCACUGUCUGCUGAACAAAGAGGUGCGAAAGGAGUACAGGAGGUGGUUCUCAUGUCUGUGUAGAAAAGAGGGACCGUCAGGAGACAGUGCUACUAAAGACACUGUGAACGAUGCAUCUCAACCCACAAAAGACAUGGACAAGGCAGAUCACCAUCAUCGAUAAGGAACUGAACAAUUAAAACUUUUUUAUGGAACUACAAAUACACAUUAAUUCGUAAAUACUUUUUAAUAUAUCAAACAAUGGUUACUGUAGAUUGAAUUAUAGAUAUAACUGCAUAUGCUUGAAUUGGUAGUUAGUUGCAUGUAAAUAUAUUGUUUUACAAGUUUAGUAAUACUGAAUAAGCAGUUGACAAGCAGUGUGGAAGGUGUCAAUUAUUGUCAGAGAAAAGAAGACUUCUGUAUAAAAUAAAUGCUAAAUAAAGAUGAUAUAUUCGUCUGUG